AUGUCGAAUAUGACCGCAGAGCUGAUUAAACUGGGUGGUGGCUUCUGGGAUGGCGGCCUGGCAGAGGAAGGCGCGGCUGAGGAAGAAGAGCGGGAGAGGGAAGCGACAUCUACGUUGGAAACACAAGGGUGGAGAACGGUUAGUCCCACCGCAGACCAUGCAUUCCAUGUCUCUCAGCUGGCCAUCAUCCUCGAUCGGACAAGUUCAUUGCUAGAAACCUUUGCAGCUGGACUCAGGGAUGAACGCUUCGAUCCUGAAUCGUCAGAGUAA